CCAUUCAAAUUGCAUUUGACUUCAUUACAGGUAAUGCCAACUUGUAAUAAUACACACCGCUAAAUUGAAUUGUGUGACAUAUAAUCUCAGUCAGGAAUGCUACUGCUUAGAUACAUCAGGUUUAUAACAUUAUAACAUUUUUUUCAUGAAAUAGGUAUGAAAUGUUGCAUGUAAAGAUGGAUCAGCAGUGGAUCUAAGUGGGAAUAACAACCGUCGUUCUUCAGUUUGUGCCAAGAAUAUGACGUCAGUGCUGCUCGGACACUGGGCUGGAAACAAACAAUGAUCUUUACUUGGAUCUGCACAACAGAUCUCAUUGACGAUGGACCACGAUAACUCUUCCACCCUUGAUUUUCUGCAAGGUAUGAUAACUAAUUCCUCAGAAAAUUCCACUGCAAUGCUAAUCACCUGGGAUGAAAACAGUCAGUUAGGACUGAGGAUUUCACUGUCUGUCGUUCUGGGCAUCAUCACCUUGGCGACCAUCCUUUCCAAUUCAUUUGUGUUCAUCACCAUUUGCCUCACCAGGAAGCUCCACACACCCGCCAACUAUCUCAUUGGGUCUCUGGCUGUCACAGACCUCCUGGUAGCUAUUAUGGUGAUGCCCAUCAGCAUUGUCUAUACUGUCAUCAAGACCUGGACUUUGGGGCAGAUCAUGUGCGACAUCUGGCUAUCCUCUGACAUUACGUUUUGUACUGCAUCCAUCUUGCACUUGUGCGUAAUUGCUCUGGACAGAUACUGGGCCAUCACUGACGCCUUGGAGUACACAAAACGCCGCACGCCUGGCAGAGCAGGCCUGAUGAUAGCUGUAGUAUGGGUCAUCUCAAUCUGCAUCUCCAUACCCCCGCUUUUCUGGAGGCAAUCAAAAGCUCUUGAUGAACUCAAGGAGUGCGUGGUCAACACCGACCAGAUAUUCUACACUAUCUACUCCACGUUUGGAGCCUUUUACAUCCCCAGCGUCUUGCUCAUUAUACUGUACGGCAGAAUUUAUGUGGCAGCUAGAUCCAGGAUUCAGAAACCACACUCAGCCUUUGGAAAGCGUUUCACUACUGUGCAAUUAAUUAGCGGGUCCACCGGAUCUUCUCUGUGUUCCGUCGGCUUUAAUAGCCAAGAGACCCUCCCUCAUUCCGGCGAAUCCCCAGUCUACAUGAACCAUAUCAAAGUCAAGGUUUCAGACAGCGUCCUGGAGAGAAAGCGGAUCUGUGCAGCCAGGGAGCGGAAAGCCACCAAAACCUUAGGGAUCAUCCUUGGUGCUUUCAUUUUCUGCUGGCUCCCUUUCUUUGUAGUGGCCUUGGUGAUGGGCAUCUGCAAAGAAGCCUGCUGGUUUCAUCCCGUCCUUUCUGACCUCUUCACAUGGCUCGGCUAUUUAAAUUCACUCAUCAAUCCCGUCAUAUAUACAGCUUUUAAUGAGGACUUCAAACAGGCCUUCCAGAAACUCAUGCGUUUCAAACGAUGUUGACUGUAAGCCAAUUGUAUGGUAACUGUGCAUUUUCCUGUCAUUAUCACACAUGAGAGAGAGAGAGAGAGAGACCAGUCUACUGAAUCUUGUUUUUAGGAACAAUAGUUUGUGUCUGCAUUUAUCUUGCGCAUUGUACGUUUUAGUACUUUGAUUUUAUUUUUCUCACACAGUUCUGUACACGGGAAUGUUGCAUUCGGAAUACUUGAUGCAUCUGUCAGUUAAACCUAAGUGAUGAGGUUAAGUCAAGCAUUUUUGCCUAAGUGUGAAUAAGGCAACAAGUUAAUUAGAAUUGCGAUAAUGCUGACAUUCUAAAAUUG